AUGAAUUCACCAGUGAUUGUUGAAAGUGGUUUCUUUGAAGAUGGAAAGAACCUUAUUCGUGAACGUGUGAUCAGUUGGAGUGGUAACACUCGUGCAGGUUUGAUUACUGAAGAUGAAGCUAAAUGCAUUAGGUCUUUGGAAAAGCAAUCUGUUGAAAACAAACAUCAAACCAUCUUAUCUCAAGUUGAUUAUUACGCACAAACAAUUUUAAAUGUAUUGAAUAAACUUAUCCAAAGUAAUUCCUCUGGGAAGGAAGAUAUCAUUAAGAAUAUCUUGACAUUGAUAAAUGAUUUGCUUUUGGAAUUGCCCAAUCAAGAAUUUAUUGAUGCUCUUUUGAAAUUAUCCAGUGUUGAUAGUUCUUUACCAUAUGCUCCAUUUGUUGAUUUAUUGGGUAGUUCCGAUGUUUUAAUCAAAUUUUUGGCUUUAUAUAACUUGACUAUUUUACUCACCAAAUCUGCAAAAUCGAGUGGUACUUGUCCUGAUAAGGAAUUGGUGAUCAAAACCAUUGAUACUUUAAGUUCGGAAUCAUUCAUUGGAUCUUUGAAGGAUACAAAUUUACAGUUUUUAGGCAUUCAAUUGUUACAAGAAUUAAUGCUUUAUAAGCCAUUCAAACAAAUUUAUUAUGAACAUAAUUUGAUAACCAAUUUCCGUCCCAUAAAUCAUUUAAUCCAAUUGGCAUCAAAACAACCCAAUAAUUCCAGUUUACAAUUAAUUUAUACUGUUUUGUUAACUACUUGGGUCUUAUCAUUUAAUGCUAAGAUUAACAAAGAAUUGGUUCAUUAUUAUGCCAAUAUUGUUGGAUCGCUUUUAACCAUUGCUAAAGAUUCAAUUAAAUUAAAGAUUGUACGUUUAGCCGUUGCUAUUUUGAAAAAUUUUGUUGCUAUUACUACCAAUAAUGGAGAACAGUUCAAAGUGAUUAAGAUAAUUUUGUUUCAUGAUGGAUUAACCACCAUUAAUCUUAUUAAGGAACGGAAAUUUGCUUCCAAUGGUAGUGAUGAAGAAUUAUCCAAUGAUUUGGCAUAUUUAUCCGAAGAAUUGACUGAAAUCGUUAAGAACAAAUUAAGCUCGUUUGAUGAAUAUUUGACUGAAUUGGAAAACCCCAAUUUAAUCAGUUUUUCAAGUCCCACUCAUAAAUCAAAUGAAUUUUGGUUAGACAAUGCUCAUCGGUUCAAAGACAAUAAAUAUGAAUUACUUUUACGGAUUUUGAAAGUUUUAUCCACCACCGAUAAGACGGAAACCAAAGUUGUGUUAUUAAAUGAUUUGCAAUAUUUGUUUAAGAACUUGGGUCUGGAUGCUGUUGACUUUGUUUCUAAGUCAAGUCAUGGUCAAUACAAGUUGUUGAUCAUGACUUAUUUGGAUAACAAUAAUGGUGAUAGUGAAUUGAAAUAUGAAGCCUUGAAGACCAUCCAAUUGUUAGUUGGCCAAUAA